GUGCCGACGCGACGCGACGCGUAUGUCCGUGUCCAUUCUUUUCGUGCUAAAUGUGGAACAAGUAGAAACUUUAGUGUGAAGGGGAGCAUUCGAGCGCUCGUGAUGCAGUUCGCAGAGGUCAUCGACUCGUCCCUCAGAGAGGGCUUGGAGUCUCUGGGCACUGGAGACAAAGAGGCAUCGGAUACUGUGACCGAAAGCAAGGAGGACACGGUAGAGAAAGACAGAGGAGAUCUGUGUGAAGAAGAGGCCAAAGCCAAGGAGGAGGAAGCAGAGGCUGAGGACGACGAGAAAGGCGUGGACAAGGAAGGCAGGGUGGCGGAGGACAGGCACGAUGAAGAAAUUAAGGAGGAAGGUACCAAGCAAGAGGAGCAAGAGUGGGAGGUUCCAUACAGUGAUGAAGAGAUGGAGGAUCCCAAAAACUGGACUCCACCACCAGCUGAGAUCAAGCGCCUGUAUGAGAUCCUGGCAAAAGGGGAGACCCUGCAGCUUAACUGGGUCCCUCUUCCCCGCAGACCCCCCACCCCACAGUACACCCCCUCACCCGAGAGGGAUGGGGCGGAUUCCGAGGAGGAGCGAGAGGAGGAAAAGCACAAUACCCCCACCCCUACGGAGUUCGACUUUGAUGACGAGCCCGUGCUUGCUGCACCCAAAAACACGUACAUUAAUCGCCGUAGGACACCAGGGUCCUCGGGCCGGCCUGCCGUGCGCAGGGAGGCCAGACUGGACAAGGUGCUCUCAGACAUGAAGCGGCACCGCAAGAUUGAAGAACAAAUCCUGAGGACCGGCCGCGACCUCUUCAAGAGCGAAAGGCCCAGAGAUGGAGAGGAGGUGCUCUCUCCCACGUCCCAGAAGGAGCGCGAGAAGGAAAGGGAGAGGGACAGUGACCCCAGCACCAUCUUCUCCCCCAGACAAAGGCGCUACUGAGCGCUGUGUGAGGCCGCUGGUCUGACCUGACGUCUUUGCGAGGGCGCUGCAGCUGAGAAGUGAAAUGGACCCAAAACUCUGCAGGAAGGGGUGCCCCCACCUUCACCCAUAGCAGAUGUUAUGAGGCGGCUACAAGAGUUUAUCUUGCAAAUGGUUCGUCCCUGCAGCAGACACAUAUGCAAACAUCAGCACAUUAAUUUGUAUGGCUCAGAAUCAGCUGCUUACUCUAGUCUGGAGGUAAAUAAAAUCUGAUUCUGCCUCAUUGUUUUUCAGCAUGUAAUCUGUGUAAGAAAGCGUCAACAGCCGAGUGUUGUUUUCUGCUGUUUCAGCCACCUCAGCUUGUACUUUUAUACUUGUGAAUAAUUUAUUUUUGUACAACUGUUUUCCUUUAUUGUUGCUGUAAUAAAUUUAUUUUGACAUCACACAGCUGUUGGCAGACCUUUCAGCCUCUACAUUGUGGGUGUUGCUUGAUU